AAUAUGUGUUUGUCUUUUGUUUACAACAUAACCCUAGGCUAGGGCCUUGAUUACACAGCCAUGGCCAUUGGUAGGUGGGAGCUAGGGGUGGGGUUGCUGCAUAUGCGCAUGUGGCUGUUCUUCAACUGACUGCAAACAUGUCUGCUGCUCCUCGACCUAAUCCUCCACAUCGAGCUUCUCUUCACAGCGUGGAUCGUGCUGAAUUCAGGGAGUUUUUGUUAGAGAAUGUGGAGCAGCUUGGAGAAGAUAAAAUUCUGGGAACUGGCUCCUAUGGCUCUGUGCAAGAGGUGAUGGUCAAUGGUGAGGUGUAUGCUGCCAAGAUGAUUCACGAGGCUCUACUGAGGACUGAUGAGCCUGGUGGAGUCGAAACUGUAAUACAGAACUACAUCCGAGAGUGUCGACUCAUGGCUCGCAUCCGGCACCCCAACAUCACCCAGUUCAUUGGGCUUUGUUUCUUGGCUAGUUCUCGACUGCCCCUCCUGGUCAUGGAGAGGUUGGACUCAAGUUUGGACGAUCUCCUGGAGUCCACCCCCAACAUCCCCCUCUCUGUCUCCCAGUACAUUCUGGUCUGUGUGGCUCGAGGGCUGCUCCACCUGCAUCGCGAGUCCGUGAUCCACCGUGACCUCACUUCCAAGAAUGUCCUGCUGACAGCCUCUCUGAGCGCCAAGAUCACUGACUUUGGGAACUCUCGUAUCGUGGAUCUUGAUCCUGGACAGCUAGCCAAAACGCUGACAAGGUAUCCCGGUACCCAAGUGUACAUGCCCCCUGAGGCCGUCUCUGACAACGGUAAAAGUGUGUAUGGACCAAGUUUGGAUGUGUUUUCUUUCGGAGUACUUCAACUGUUUGUGCUUACACAGGUGUUUCCUGCCCAGCUCCUACCCCCCACCUAUCCUGACCCCAGAAAUCAAGACAUUCUUCGUGCUCGCUCAGAGUUUGAGCGCCGAGGCCCCUAUAUGGUCCUCUUGGACAAGAGUCUACCGGGUGGACAUGGGCACCCUCUGUUUGGCCUGGUGAGGGAAUGUCUUUCCAACAUCCCAGAGAGAAGACCUACCACUGCGAAUCUCCUCUCGUCUCUAGAGGCUACGGGGAGGGAAAUGGAAGGAGGAAUGCUUCUGCAAGAUAUUGCACAAGUCAAGAAUACCAGGGCUUUCAAGGCAAAGGAUAAGAGAAUAGAAGCUCUACAGAGAGAGAUUGCACAAAAGACCAAUCUAAUUGAACGGAAGGACACCAUGCUCACAAGACAACAGCAGGACCUUUCCGCUAAAGAUCGAGAUCUCACUCUGAAAAACAGGCAUUUGAAUCAACAGGCAACUCAGCUUGCUCAAAAAGAUCGUCAACUUUCCCAAAAAGACGGUCAACUUACCCAAAAAGAUGGUCAACUUACCCAGAAGGACAGAUCACUUGCAGAACAAGAAACAACUAUUUCUGACCUCAUUUCUCAGCUAACCAAAACUGAGACCCUGAUACAGGCAUUGAAGGACCAACUAAGACAAAAAGACGCCGAGCUUGCUGAACGAGCGUCAGAUCAUGAGGACACAGUUAAAAGUGGAGCAGCAGGAGCAGGCAAUGUGCCGCAUAGUGAUGUUGCAAAUCUCAGAGAGGAAUUAGAAAGCAAGUCAACGGAGCUAGCUACACACAGCAGUCAGAUUCUUAGGAUUUCAUCAAAUCAGUUUGAAAUGUUUGAACGAAUUGGUGUUGGAUCGUAUGGAGAAGUACUGGAAGGGAAAGUAAGAGUAGCUGCCAAGCGCCUACACCAUGUGAUUGAAUCCCCCCACAACCUGGAAUUAUUCCAGAGAGAGAUGACACUCUUGGCUGAAGUACGACACCCAAACAUUGUGCAGUUCAUAGGGACAGUGCUGGACCAAUCCCCUCCUGUCAUCAUCAUGGAGCUCCUCGACAUGAAUCUCAGACAAGCAUAUGAGCAAAAUCUCCUUCGUCAAGUAGAUCGUUUAUCUAUUUUCAAUGACGUUGCUAAAGCUCUAGACUACCUGCAUCGACGCUACAAGCCCAUUAUCCACCAGAAUGUGAGUACUACCAGCAUUCUGCUUCAGCAAAUGGACAGAAACCAGUGGAAGGCAAAGGUAUGUGAUCUUGGCCAGGCCAAUUUCCUACAAAAUCCUGGACCGCGUGGAAAGGGGGGCCUUUAUUACUCUGCUCCUGAGGUUGCUCCAUCGAUCCAUAUGGUAGAUGAUAGCACUGUACGUCAAACUGUGAAGAUUGAUGUGUACAGCUUUGGUAUUGUUCUGUGUGAGGUGACUGUUAGUCAAUUCCCUGAGACAGAUAAAUAUCCGAGCAUGAUUCGUCAUCUCCAGAGAGAGCAUCCUCCAUUGUAUGAGCUGAUUGAUCGCUGUACUAAGAGAGACCCCAGCGAUCGACCUACCAUGGCCGAGGUACUUGUAGAACUGAAUAAAAUGGCCUCGUUUUAA